GAGGGGCAGGGCAGGCCGUGAGGCUGCAGUGAAGCAAGGGACCCGAGGAGCCGGGCGAGGAGCGUGAUCCCUACAGAAGGCAGGGCGGGCUCAGAGGGGAACGGAAGAGAGAGAGAGAGGGGCAUCGCUCUUUCGAGGAGCGGAGCCGAAUGGAAUGGAAUGGAGGGAAGCGUAGCGCAGUGUGGUGAGUGAGGUGUGGCUUGCUUCGUGGGCUCGCAGUGGACUCGUGGACUAGUGGCCUGCUGUGUCUGCUGUGUCUGCUGCUCCGAAGGCGAGGAAUGGUAAUGGGGCUGUGAAGGCGUGGUGGUGACUACAGGUGAUUGUGGACUGGAACCCGUCUCGAGAGCGAAGUUUGAUUCCGAGUUUGAUUCGUGGAUCUGCUUCUUCAGUUCUGUCAAUCACGCAUAUCUGAGACUCGAGCUUCCGAGACAUAGAAGGGCAUUUUUGCAAGGCAGGCAGGAAUUUUUCAGCAUGACAUCGUCGCAAACAGAACCUUUGCUUAAAGAUUCCACCCAUCAAGGCAAGCAAGUCAAUUUUGUGUUUUUUUUUUUGGGUGAAGAAUGUCACCCCUCGGUCUCGCUCAUGCGUAUGCUGUAGUCGUAGUGGCGAUAUGAGCUCAGCAGGACUUUGUGCAAUUGCAGGUGUGUUGUAUCCGGAUACGGAUGGAAGAGAAGAAUGGUCACAGAAGAAGAGCCAGCAAUGGGCGACAUGGGCUCAGUUUGUGGUGCCCCCAGCUAGUGAUGGACCCAUCGUAGCCAGUGGCCAAGAGAUUCGGCAGGCAGCAGUCCAAGACCCGUACCAUGCUUAUUUGUAUGCCGCUCUCGUUACUCCGGAGAACACCGCCGACGUCACUGUAGGUGAGAUUUUGCUGGCCGAGUUUGUCAAAUUUUUGGAAAUGAUGUGCGAAUCAUGUCCUCGCGCUACAGUGAAGGAGGCAUUUCUAGUCAGGCCCGCUGGUCUACAACGAAGCGAGGAUUCUGCAAUCAGGAAUCGGCCCGCAAGUAUACACAGCAUGUGCUGCAGUGGCUUCCAAAAUACUCGUGUGUAAUAGAUGGAUCAUUGUUUCGUUCGAGAAACUCGACGCGAUCAGACUCCUAAAAUGUGCGAGUGUCACGUCGGUCAAAAUUUUCUGAAACCGAAUUGCAAGGGGCGCUUUUGGGGAAAUGCUUGCUCAUCUUGAGUCUGUGAACCUCUCUGGUCAUUGUGAGGACGAUGUGGGCCCUAGAGAUGUAAGGCUAUUUCUUAUUUCCGUGCAGUUGGGAAGGCAUUGCAGUUCGAACUAACAUGUGUCGUCUGUCAUGUAGGUGGCCACGGAGGCAUCCCACCAGUAAAACCUGUGUUCGAUGCCCUGACUCCAGCAGAACUGCAGAGGUAUGUGUGUAUUAGCUGUUAGUUGUGGGUAGUGUGCCGUGCACUUUCUUUAAAAGCAAUCUCACGGGUACUUGCUGCUCUGGGCUGUCCACAUGGUGUGGGCACGUUGUUGGUUGGCUUACACUGCUCGUUAAUGUACCUCCAACAAACUCAAAUGUUCAGCAAUUUGAUUCUCUGGUCCUCCGUGUCUAUGUUCAAAUAUCUGCCCGAUCUUCCCUUGUCUUCCUCACCGUACGUUCUCACACCCUCUACACCAGUGUCCAUUGUGACAUACAUGACCUAAUCUGUGAAGCCUCAUAUAUAUCGAUUAAUGAUCCUUCGUUUUGUUUCCGAAGUUCUCUUACUUUUCGCAUUCAAGUUGUCGUUGACAUUACUCCUGUUUUCAUAUUCCCUGCUUUUGUGAUAGUCCCUGCUGUUAUUAUCGACAAUUAUCUCCUGAACACCUGCCUUCUUCUAUUGACGGGUACUUCUCGAUACUCUAGAGUUUAAUCCGCAUUUCCUAACAACCACAUUGUUCCUGGAUGAAGUGCCAUUUGUCAUCCAUAUUUAACCUCUUCGACUUCCUUCCGUUCCCACCCUGUCUAAUUUGAAUUGCCAAUGUACUUUUUGGUUAUAUCCCGAAUUCCUCUCUCUAUGUAUCUGUGAACGUAUGAACACACAGAUAAUCUGGACCAAUAAUCAUCGUUCUCAAUCUUUGACGAUACGCCUUUUCAUCUAAAGCGUUUCGACCUUGGCCGCCGUGUAGUGUGCAGGGACUUCAAGAGGAGGAAAUUCGGAAUCUGCUUUGUGAGCAUGUUGAUGGUCAGUGUUGCUGGAACAGGAAUCCCGCUCACAAGUGGCCCAUCAAGAAGGUUGAAGACUGUAAUGCUUAUGUUGGAACUUUGGAAACCUUUAUUGAGGAGAGAGACUUAACUGAAGACGUAGAGGCUUACACAGGUGAUGCCUACGCUAGUAAAGAGUAUGGUCGUGCACCUGGUGCCUGGGAGGUAGACAUGAGAGACGAGUUUCCACUGCUAUUUACUCCUCGAAAAGAAGCUCGUUUGAAGCUGCCCUUUUCACAAAGGGUAGAGAACUGUGGGGGUAAGCUCCAAUCACACGAAUUUUUCGAGGUUUCGGUGUUCGAAAGCGAUAGUUGAUGAUUAGCUUCACUGAGCCCACACCUCGUGCCUUUGGGGAAGUUAACCUCACAUUCAUCCCUUUUGAAGCUUUGUUGCUGAAAGCUAGUAACUUGCUAAUUAUGCCAUUAAUUGCCCCCAGAUUGCUCGGGGAGGGGGGAAGUACUAUGCCCACCUUGUCAUGCAGAUGUCGCACCCGGACAAUUCAGACCUGGACGAACAAGCAAGUGUACAGUUUGCCAUGGCAGGGGACUGAUUGCUCAUCACGACGGCUCAGACACGGAGUAAGCACCUCUUUUACGACAUCACCCGUUCAUAGCUCCGUUUUGUUAAGCAUCCACUAAGCUGGAGCUAUGGGUUUGAAGUAAUAUCGUUUCUACGUUCUGUUAGUCACCAAUACUUCUGAUACUCCUAAUGCAUGCUCCUUCAAAUUUCCGCAGUAGGUUGUAAGUGCUUUCUAGUCAAUAUUAAUAACAAACUUGGUAUAAUAGUACGCGAGUCUCUAUCUGCAUCAAUCAGUGACAGUCACUGGCUCGAAAUGUUGUGUGCAGAUGCCAAAGAUGUCAAGGUAGAGGAAGUUUAUUCUGCUUCCAUUGUAACUCUCGUGGGUUGGUCAAAUGCCUCAAAUGUGAUGGUCAUGGUGCUCUUCUUUACAGCAGAACGUUGAUUGUAAGAUGGUAAGUCACAUUCAACCUUGGUGUAGCUUUCUGUCGUCUCUGCGAAUGCGGGAGGGCACAUUAAAAGUUGGUCAUGAAUUGCUCUCUGUGUCUCUGUCUCUUCGUCAUGAUGUCGUGGAGAUGCCAUCCAAGCAUUUGAUGCGACUCUCGACCGUUUGCACCAACACGCAGAAGGGAGGGUAGCAUCAGACGAAGUGAGCUUGGGCUUGAAAAUAGUCUUACAAUGGGAUGUGUUUCUGACCUCGGAGCUAUUUUGGCAGGAGCACUUUGGUGAAUAAGAAAGUGAGUGCCUCGAGUUAUGCAGCAUCGGUGCCGGAUGAUGUGUUUAACGAGGCAAGUACUGUUCAACUGUACGCAAAUCAGGCAAAUCAAUGUAAACCUGUGAUAUUCCCGAACUCAUACGGGCUUUCCAAGCUAUCGGCAGAUCUGUUCACUUAUAACAGUCCUAUUCCUCCGGCCGCAAGAGUGAUAUGUCAGAGGCAUCAACUGCGCAUGAACCCAGUGACACGCGUUGUAAUGGCCGAUGGAGAAAAGUCGUUCGAAUUCUUCGUCGUUGGCCUGGGCAAAGAAAUAUACCUCAAGAACUACCCCAACGGUUGUUCGGGCUUCUGUUGCUGCUUGCAAAUGUGCGCCAUCAGCUGAGCUCUGUAAAUUCCCCACGGACGAACGAGCGACCGGACUAACUAACUUCUCAACUAGAAGCGCGACCUCCAACGACACUUCUUCGAGUUUAUAAGUUUUGCUGAUAUUUGAAAUUUCAUUGAAAAUCUCUUAUACAAAGUGUGCGUUUUCGAGACGAUGUAGCCAGUGGACUUGUGUGGACGGGACGUCGAUAGAUUCUUCUGCAAUCUGAGAACUGUAAACUGUGGUUUACAAUCUAGCUUUCGUGAGGCUUAGGAAGUUUGGACAUCGUCAUUGCUCAUUUGUGUUACGGUUUUAGAAAUCCAUAGAUUUCUAGGGUACAAGUCUCUCCCCAAACGCAAGGCUUUACCAGCUGCCUGUGUCGUCAUAACUCUUCUAUAUCUUGUACAUAUUAUUCAUCAUCUAUUGAAACUGUCGCUUCU